AUGUCCAUUUCGCUUGUGUCGAAUGCAUAUCUUGAUGAGAACUCAACGAAGAUACGCUCGAAGCCCGUGCCAUGGGAGGGAUAUCAGCGUGCAGGGCUGAUCACAGCCGACGAACUCACGCUCAUCAAGAAAGUAGAACGCCAACCUAAGGCGAAGACUGAGUCAUUGCUACUUUCUGACGGAGCGGCUUAUGCGCACCUAUACCUCCGCCUUCUAAAGAAACUGCAACGAGUCGACACUCAGCAGUGUAUUCUGGUGCUCAUUGCCGACGCAAUUGCUGAUCAUGAUGAGCGCAUCCCACUGUUUACUAGGACGCAGGAGCUUGAUAUUGACUUGCCAUAUGGUCCCCUCUUACGAAUGUUGGAGUCGCCGGACGACUUUGUUCAGCUGAAAGCAACUCACAUACUCACAAUACUUCUUAGCUCCGAGUCUACGCCCAUUCAUUCACAACAGCUCCAACCUUUCAUUACGUCUCUGGCAUCGUUUGUCACGGGCAACACACCACACAAGCGAGACAUCGCUGUACAGUGCCUUGAGGCGGUUCUCUCUCGGCCCGAGUUUCGCAAAGCUGCAUGGCAAGAUACGCAGCUCAUUUCAGGACUGGUUGAUAUUCUGAAGCAUAACCCCGGUCCGCAAAUGAGCUAUCAAGUCGGCUUCUGCCUAUGGCUGCUCACCUUUGAACAGGAAGUUGCGGAACAGAUUAACAAGAAGUACGAUAUCGUACCAGUUUUGACCAGUAUCGCUCAGUCGGCCGUCAAGGAGAAAGUGAUUCGCGUCAUCGUGUCCACUUUCCGAAACCUGGUAUCGAAAGCCCCAUCCGCAAAUCUCCCCUCAAUGCUCGUCGUCCAAUUACUUCCCUUUGCCCAGAAUCUAUGCACACGGAAAUGGUCCGACGAAGACAUUAUGGAGGACGUGCAAUACCUGAGGGACGAACUGAAGGCCAGAUUUGAGAGCCUGACAACAUACGAUGAGUAUAGCUCAGAGCUCGUUUCGGGACAUCUAUCUUGGUCUCCUGUCCAUGAGAGCGAGCUCUUCUGGAAGGAGAACGCUACCAAGCUAAAUGACAAUGACUAUGCUCAAUUGAAGAUCCUGAUUCAUCUGCUCAACGACUCAAACGACCCAGUUGUGCUGGCGGUGGCGGCGCACGACGUCGGACAAUACGUUAAGUACUAUGAACGUGGGAAGAAUGUGUUCACAGACGCUGGUGGUAAAACGCGUGUCAUGGAGCUCAUGUCGCACGAGAGUCCGGACGUUCGUUAUCGAGCAUUGAUCACGGUACAGCGGCUUGUCAGCCAUCCAUGGAAAACCGUAUAG